CACCUAGUUGGUACUGCUGCUCGCAACUUUCACGGAUGAAAACGGUUAGUGAUGUUUAACAUUCAAAGCCGUCACAGAUAAAGAUUCAUCAACCAGGAAACCGGCUUGUUUGUCGCAGUGUCUCUAACAAGUACGAACCAUGAAUUGAAAAGCGAUUCGCGGAAGACAUUCUUAUUCUUACACAACAGCAAAAAUAAUUAUUCUCCAAAAACAGUGGCAUUCUCAUUCUCAUUUAUACCAGUGCGCUUUUUAUUAGUGUCAAAGUCAUAGAAAUAUCGAAAAGUGAAUGAAUUUUGCAACUUGAAACGUAAUGAAAAAUUUGAACGAAGAUUCCAAGUGCAAGAGUGUCGUUGAAUGAAUUAAAAUGGCGCACCUAAUAAAAAGAAAUGAGUUUUCGUACUCGCGAGACUAUUUGAGGCCAUACAAAAGGAGGCGCAAACGUGAAUAUUCCGAUUGGCGUUGGAUAUCGAGCAUUUCUCGAAUUUAUGGGAAACCAUGUGGUUAUACCAAGGUUACCUGUGAUUUUAGUCAAAGAUUUGGAGCAUCGACGCGCAGCACAGAUGAAUCAAAGACACCUAUUUUUCAAGAAUUCAAAGAUAAAGCCACUUUUGGCUAUGGAACAAGUGUUGCUCCUAAUAACAACGAACUUAAUGACAGUGCUAUGACAUCGAAAAAAGUUAUUUUUUGUGUGCAUGGAAAACUUUCUGGUUGCUGUACUCUUAUAAAGGGCAGUGAGACUGAUGAUAAAGGAGUCAAUGAUUAUCAACAUCCGAUUCUCAGUGAAGAUCACUGUCAUAGAGAUAGAAAUGAAGAUAUAGAUAAGAAAGCACGGAAAAAAUUACUAAUUGCCAGUGUGUUAUGUGUACUAUUUAUGAUAGGCGAAAUUGUAGGUGGGAUUUGGUCAAACAGUUUAGCAAUCGCUACAGAUGCUGCACACUUGUUAACAGAUUUCGCAUCCUUUAUGAUAUCUCUUUUUUCAAUAUGGAUGGCAAGUCGACCUGCAACAAGAAAAAUGCCAUUUGGAUGGUAUCGGGCAGAAGUAAUAGGUGCAUUAACAUCCGUUCUGAUGAUAUGGGUGGUUACUGGCAUUUUAUUUUUCCUUGCAGUAGACCGAAUUAUUAAUGAAAACUUCAACUUAGACUCUACUGCCAUGUUAAUAACUUCAGCGAUAGGUGUCGCAGUGAACCUUGUAAUGGGAUUGACCUUGCAUCAACAUGGUCAUGGCCAUAGUCAUGGUCACAGUCAUGGUCACAGUAACGAUCAGCACAAACAUGAAGAAAAGAGCAAUAACGAUAAAUGUGGAGAAGAAGGAGUUUCGGAAAAGAAAGAGAAAAGAAAUAUAAACGUUAGAGCAGCUUAUAUUCAUGUACUCGGAGACUUUAUCCAAAGCGUCGGAGUUUUCGUUGCUGCACUUAUCAUUUACUUUAAGCCUGAAUGGAGAAUAGUAGAUCCAAUUUGUACAUUCUUGUUUUCCAUUUUGGUAGUCUUGACCACAGUGGCUAUUAUUAAAGAUGUUAUGAACGUCCUCAUGGAGGGAAUUCCAAAAGGUUUUGAUUAUUCUCAAGUUGAAAGUACUUUCAUGCAAAUUAGCGGCGUUGUUAAGGUUCACAACUUAAGAAUCUGGGCUCUUUCCUUAGACAAAACAGCCCUUUCAGCUCACCUCGCAAUUCAACCCGGUACCAGUCCUCAACACGUUUUAAGAAUGGCAACAAGAAGUAUUCAUGAAAAGUAUAAUUUCUUUGAAAUGACGCUUCAAAUAGAAGAAUUUAACGAGAAAAUGGAAAACUGCGAACAGUGCAAAUCGCCUUCCCAGUAGAAUAUUAAAUAUGUAAAUAUGUAUUUCUAUGAUAAAAAGUAUUUAUAUUUUACGUACAAAGGAGAGUGAGGACGAUUAGCUGCAAGUUCAUGUGGCUUUGAUUCUCAGGUUUUAGUGAAUUUAAUGUAAUUUUAAUAAGUAAGUAGAACUAGGCAAUUAAGAACAAACAUUCUGUCCGUCAGAAAGUCAAUAUUUCUUUUAAUGCAUUAUUUUUUUGUUGAAAAUUGAAAAUCUAUUAUUCCUUGAAAUGUGGAUGCCCCCAACAUUUCUAUUUACUAUUUUCUAUUUACCAAAAAUGUAAAUUGCAGUUGAUAUUUUAAUAUCAUACUAUUUUCCAAGACAAAUUUUUUCAAGGCUGUCACUAUAAGUUGAAAAAAUUGUCAUCUUACCAAUUAAAGGGUAUGUUAUAUUAAUGCUAAUUGAAAGGCACGUUUUUGACCGUAUUCACUGUUCGAAAUUCUCAAUUUAAAAGUGUAUUAUAGAAAGCGAACUUAUUAUUAACAUUAUGUGCUAGAAAAUAUGUGAUAAUUAAGUUAAAUAUACUCAUAUGUUUGAAAAGUAGAGAUUAUAGGAUGAUUAAAGAUUGAUUAAAAAAUAAAUUUUACUUGUCUCUACAUAAA